AUGGGGAGCUCAGCCUCGUCUCUCACUGCAGAGACCGAGUCAGACCAUGGCUUCCGCAGCACCCCAUACCCGUCGUCACCCCCGGUGGGCUGGCUCAGGAACAGCCACAGCAGCCCAGUGUGGGGCACCACCUUCAUCACGCGUCAGCAGCAACAGCCGCUGCCUCACAGAGAGCGCAGCCACUCUCACUCUCCUGGCUCCAUGGCAGCAGCAGUGCGAGGCAAUGAGUGGUCAUGUGGACGCUGCACCUUCCUAAAUGCCAGCGCGGCACCUCGCUGUUCCAUUUGUGAGGCACCACGCCAGAAACCCGACCUUAACCAGAUCCUGCGGCUGAGCAGCACUGAGGAGCAUCGCUGGGCCUGUCCACGCUGUACACUCAACAACCCCCAGGGAUCUGGAGCCUGCUCCGUCUGCGGCUUUGGACCGUCCCCUGCUACUCACACACCCCCUACAACUACCAUAGCCGCCACUGCCAACGGCCUCCCGUCCGCUCCGCCCGAAUCCCCGACACCUACUGUCACCCCUACAGUUCUUCUUGAGCCCCAUGGACCUCAUCCAGCUAAGGAGGAAGUGCUGCGACGAUCUGAGAGCAACGGAGAAGUGGUUAUCCUGGAGGGGCAGCACUCCGGCUGGGCUUGCCCUCGCUGCACACUUCAUAACACACCUGUGGCACUGUCAUGCUCAGCCUGUGGUGGGCCCAGGAAACUCUCAUUGCCUAAAAUUCCCCCUGAAGCAUUAGUGGUGCCUGAGGUGCGCACACCUGUGCUGGGGUUUCCUGUAAAUACAGCAGGGGCUGCACCUCUACUCAUAGACUUAACAGAUGACUCUCCCCCACCCCCUCCCUGUGAUCCUCAAGAACCUCCUCAUGCCUCUUCACAGACCCUUUCCACCCCUUUUACUUCUUUCUCUUCCUCCCUCCAAAACAACCCUGUUCCCCGCAGCAGGAGAGAGGUACCCCCUCCAGGGCGCCCACCAAACCCAGGCACCAACACCCCUAGCCCUACUUCCCCUUCAGCGGCCACUGUUCCACCCCAGCCAGGCCCACAGCGCCCAGCCAAGCCCAAACAUGCCCAACCCCAGGAACCUCCAUACCCCAGCAAGCGCCUCAGUAUCUUGGAGGAAGAAGACCCACAGCAGCAUCCACUGACCCCCCACCUCCCUGUUGCUUCCUCAGCCGCCCCCACCUGGAAGUGCCCUAGCUGCUCAUUGCCCAACCCAGGUGGCUUCUCUAAGUGCGAGGCCUGCCGAUCAACACGGGCAGGUGCUGACCUCAUUGACCUGGUAGGAUGCGAGACGGUACGAUUUACCCCGGCCAGCCCCUCCAGUCCGGACUUUAGCACCUGGGCCUGCUCCAAGUGCACGCUGCGCAACCCUACAGGUGCACCGAAGUGCUCAGCCUGUGGUUCUUCCAAGCUGCAUGGAUUUCAGGAGCAGCAGGCGCCCCUGCCCCGCUGCUGUACACACUGUGGCCUCCCAUUGGGACCUGGCACUGCAUCAUGCUCCUGCACACCUUCCUCUUCUUCAUCCUCCCAGGGUCAUAAAACACGGAAACAGGCCCGGGGCCUCCCUCCCUCCUCUUCAGCUAUUGCUUCUAGUUCCUCUUCCUCCUCCACCUCAUCUAGCCUUCAGGAGAAGGUAGGACAGUGGAGCUGCCCUGCAUGUACGCUGCUCAAUGACAUCAAAGCAAAGUACUGUGUGGCAUGCCACACAGCCCAGCAGUACCUCACCCUUCGCAAGGUGGUUAAGCCUCUUAAAAGGAGGGAGAGCAUGCAUGUAGAGGCCCGUCGACGAAAUGACGAGGGUGAGGCCAAGGAGCUUUGGGAGAACAUUGUCAGCUUCUGCAGAGAGAACUCUGUGAACUUUGUGGAUGACAGUUUCCCCCCGGGACCUCGCUCAGUGGGCUUCCCCGAGGGUGACAGCGUCCAGCAGCGAAUCAAAAAGUGGCUCCGUCCCCACGAGAUCAACUGCAGCAACUUCAAAGACCGAGGAGUCAAGUGGUCCGUCUUCCGCACACCACGGCCGUCUGACAUCCUGCAAGGCCUACUCGGAAACUGCUGGUUCCUGAGCGCACUGGCGGUGCUCGCGGAGCGCCCGGAGCUGGUGGAGAGGGUGAUGAUCACCAGGACCAUCUGCACAGAGGGCGCCUACCAAGUUCGGUUAUGUAAAGACGGGACGUGGACGACGGUACUUGUGGACGACAUGCUGCCGUGCGAUGACUAUGGCUACCUCCUCUUUUCCCAGGCCCAGAGGAAGCAGCUAUGGGUGGCGCUGAUUGAGAAGGCCUUGGCUAAACUCCAUGGCUCCUACUUUGCCCUGCAGGCAGGGCGCGCCAUCGAGGGCCUGGCCACGCUGACGGGGGCUCCCUGUGACUCCCUGAUGCUCCAGGUCAGCUCCACCAACCCUCGGGAGGAACCCAUCGAUACAGACCUCAUCUGGGCCAAGAUGCUGAGCUCCAAGGAGGCAGGGUUUCUGAUGGGUGCAUCUUGUGGAGGAGGCAACAUGAAAGUAGAUGACGCUGUCUAUGAGUCUCUGGGUCUGCGGCCUCGACAUGCCUAUUCCGUCCUGGACGUACGAGAUGUCCAGGGUUACAGGUUGUUGCGGCUGCGUAACCCGUGGGGUCGCUUCUCGUGGAACGGCAGCUGGUCGGACGAGUGGACAGACUGGCCACAGCACCUGCGUCACGAGCUGAUGGCGCAUGGCAGCAGCGAGGGUGUCUUCUGGAUGGAGUACAGCGACUUUAUCAAGUACUUUGACUCAGUGGACAUCUGUAAGAUUCACUCAGAUUGGCAGGAGGUGAGGCUACAGGGCUGCUUCCCCAGCAAGGCCAGCGGGCCGGUCACUGUCACAGCCCUCACUGUGCUGGAGAGGACGGCGUUGGAGUUUGCGCUCUUCCAGGAGGGAAGCAGGCGUUCGGACACAGCUGACAGCCACCUACUGGACCUAUGCAUCAUGGUGUUUCGUGCCUCCUUCGGCAACGGCAACAAGCUGACCCUGGGGCGCUUGUUGGCUCACAGCAAGCGAGCGGUGAAAAAGUUUGUUGGCUGUGAUGUAAUGCUGGAGCCGGGGGAGUAUGCUGUUGUCUGCUGCGCCUUCAACCACUGGCAGAUGAAUGUCAGUGGGACUACGGGAGGUCCGCCCACGCCCGUCUCAAGCCCCACCAGCGGAGUGCCACGACGACCCAGCCAGGACUUCCCCGGUUACAUCCUCGCUAUCUACAGCUCUAGACAGGUGAUGGUGGAGCAGGUGGAGGCGACCGCCACCACACUGGCUGAUGCCAUCAUCCUCCUCACGGAAAACAAAGGCGAAAGACACGAGGGCCGCGAGGGCAUGACGUGCUACUACCUGACCCAUGGCUGGGCGGGACUCAUCGUUGUGGUGGAGAAUCGCCACCCCAAAUACUACCUCCACGUCUCCUGUGACUGCACUGACAGUUUCAAUGUGGUGUCCACGCGCGGCAGCCUCAAGACCAUCGACAGCGUACCUCCUUUGCACAGGCAGGUGCUGGUGGUGCUUUCACAGCUGGAAGGAAACGCCGGCUUCUCAAUCACCCACCGCCUGGCUCACCGCAAGGCAGCCCAGGCCUCGCUGGGAGACUGGACCCCCACCAAGGCCACCCACAGCCCCCAGCUCACUCCGGACAUUGAUGGCCUGCACCGGCCCAGGCCACUAUGACCACCGCCCACCAUCUCGCAUACGCACAGUCUAUAAUCCAAUAAAAUGUCAGACCACUGGAAAUACAGGCAAGGGAGGGCGAGAGGUGUGUGCAGUCCUAAAACAUGGAGCAAGCUGUGUAUUUGUGCGUCUCUUUGGAUGAACACACACCUGAAUGUAAAACAGAAAUGGCCAACAUUUACGUGCUAUCCUCCUAACGCUCCACGUACACUCUCCCUUGCCAAGUGGAUGUGCCAAGUCAGGAUGAAAUGAGGGAAGCGGCCACAUGGAGUGACCGGGACUUACUCACAGAAUAAAUUUUCAGCCAGGCCCCAAACAAGAUCCAGUUCAGGCUACUUAGAAUUCUGGACGUUUUUGGUACAAGCGCUGUAAGUGGAACAGAUGCCACCCCUGAGUUUCAUAUGCUUGGAGACGACCCUGCUUUCAGUGAGAAGUCAGGGUGGAGUGCUGUAACUACUGAGCCAUUUUUCCGGCCCACAACCUAUGAGCCAAUCACCCGCAACGAUCAGACACUCACCCCUAUGUCGUCCACAAGGACAUCUGACAAAGCAGGAGACUUCAGGGGGAGUCUCGCCCAGCCCUCAGUACGGUACUUAAUGAGCCAAACCCAUCUUCUAGUUUUACUCAUAUUCAUACAUGUUUUUUUUGUUUUUAUUUGAGAAUAUACACAUCUGUCUUUUUUUUUUAUAUGAGACCCUUGUUGCCGUCUUGUCCAUAUUUGUGUUUUUGAGGUCGUAGAAAAAAAACAUCAUUCAUACAGCACUGUCUCUCCCCGCUCUCCAUCAUCACCGCUGUGCUGUCUAGCGUUCUCUGUAGCUCAGGACCAAACCCGUGAUUUCUACAGUAAGCUGGAGUCGAGCAAAACCUCAAGCUGAUUUUGUGGCAGGUGCAUGGUGGCCAGAUAGCUGGAAUAGCAUCUUUUUGUUGUUACAAGCCAAGCUGUGGUGUAGGGAGUAGUGUUGUAAUGGGGGGUUUUAGCCACUGAAAUACUGACACAUCAUAGAAUUCCCACCCUAGUGCUUCGAUAGAUGUAACAUAUAACUUUGGCUUUUUUCCCUACAGAGAAACAACCACUGUACCUCCUUUUUUACCUUUCUCUUAUUUUAAUAAAUUUUUACUCCGCCUCAGUUUGUAGUCUGAACGCUGGAGGCGAAUCAUUACCUGAGCGGCUUUGUACUGUUUGUUUGUUUUUUUUGUUUGUUUUUUUGGGGGGGGGGUACCGAAGGUCAGUGAGUCUAUUUCUCACACUUCAACAGUUUGCUAGUGUGUUGAUUUACACUUUAGUGUACUUAGGGAGUAGUAGAGGAGGUAGUGGCUGUUUGAACAGUCAGUUUGCCAUAGGGGAGCUCUGAAGAGGAGCUGCCAAGUUUACUUUGGGAGGGCAGGGACCAUUUUUUGUUUGCUUGGGUGCAGCGCGAGCAUCUCUGCCGUCCUCCCACAAGAAUACACCGACAGCACAUUAGCGACAGCACAGCGUCCUCGUGUUACCAUGUACCAUUUAGUCAGACUGCUUGCACGCAUAACAAGAGAGGCAAGGGACCUCUAAGACAUGUUUUUACACAAAAAAUAGUGUAGUUCCCUUUCAAUUUGGGUUGUGUUGUUUCAGAUGAUGGGCUGCCUACAGCUGUUUUACGGAUGUCCUCUUAGGGCGCCAACCACUUGUUCUUUCCAAUUUCUCCAGUAUCAAAGCCAUUACUCCUGUUUCACUAAGGAUCUUUCUGUCCUCACUAUGGCAACAUAGGUGUUUAAUCAGAGAGAGGGGAAAAGACUAAUGCGGUACUAUAGUAACAGGAUGGAGUGGGAGACUUCAAGUCAAAGUUGGUGUCUUACUAUUAUGUUGUGAAAUGGGGGUAAACUUGAAAGCUAAUAAGUAAAAUCUCUGGAGCAGUCCUACAAUGAAUGACUGUUUGGUAGAAAAGAAUGCAUUUUUUUUAUGGCAAGAUCAUUUUUGAGUUGAAACAUUGAAGUUUCCACAUGAGAUUCGUGAUUCAGUUCUGGACUUAAGCUCAGUGACAUUGAGUAAAAAAACUUUUUUUGCGUUGAUGCUAGAUGGCAGCACUGUGUCCCCAUGCUCGCAGUCUUAUUUCCUCUGCACAGCCACGUCUGCCAGCGCUGGCAGACUAUACUUCACGACGUCUUCAGGACAGUUUGUAAGAAAACUACUACAGCAGCGUAAGGUUUCUUUGAUGAAACCCCAAAGCUGAAGUAACUGUAAAUAUGUUUUCCAAAGAAACAUAAUGUGUAAUGACCACUUUCAGAUGUCUGUCUGCCCUGUGUGAGUGUGUUCGCAGCCAAGUAGCUGUGAAUUCGGUGUCUAAUUUAUUUUAUAAGUGAUUUGCAGGCCUGUUGCCUAAUGAAUAUUGUUGAAUACUGAAAUGAUGAAUGACAGAUAAAGGAAUGUGAUAACUUAUGGCUUUAGUUUGAGCCCAGAGGGAUUAGCUUGAUGUGAAAUGAACCUGCACUGAAACACCUGCAAUGACGAGGCACCUCGAAAUUCAGUGUCACUGCUGGAUCACUUUACAUUUACAUGAGAUAGAUUUUUGUUUUAUACUAUGUUUGUUUGUUUUUUUUGGUCAUAAUUGUCAUUUUGGCUCGUGCUGGUGUCCUAUGAACCUACUCCUCUUCUGUGAAGUUGUGGUGGUGACUCUUCUAUGCGUCAUGGGUGCCCCCUGCUGCUGAAGCGGCUGCCACCUGAGAAAAGCUGGUCAUUAACAGACCAGCUAACACAACGCCUUUUCUCUCUCCUCUCCUUUGUCUGGUUUUCUCCUUGUAAAUUGUAUAGACUGCAAACAUAAGCCACACAAAAGAUAAAAACCGUAAGAAAAAAAAUUAACUGACCCUUUUUAAACUUGUAAAAAAGUAAAACAAUAAAAGUGAAAGUAUGACAGUAGAAACAAAAAAAUUAAACCUAAUGCUGAAAAAAAAUGGAACUCUGAUGAAUGUGAUAUAUAUUUUAUUGAUCUUUUCUGGCGGGGAAUAUAAAUAUAUGUGUACAAACAUUAUGUACGUUUAAUUUUCAAUCUCAGGUUCCGAUGGACCAAAUAAAGUUUUUUAAAUUAAAA